AUGUCUCUUGCUGGCGUGAGAGGUACCUCGCGUGUCCUGCGCGGCAUCGCGAGGCCUGCUGCGGUUACCACAACGUGCACGCGAGCGUCGUCCUCCUUGAGUCUCGAGAGUCAGCAGCAGGAGAAGAAACGCCAGAAGCACUUCAUUAACCUCAUCCCCUCCGAGAACUUCACCUCCCAAGCUGUUCUCGAUGCUCUUGGCAGUGUGAUGCAAAACAAAUAUUCGGAAGGCUAUCCGGGUGCUCGAUACUAUGGCGGAAACGAGUUCAUUGACCAGGCCGAACGUCUAUGUCAACAGCGCGCUCUCGAAACAUUCGGCCUUGAUCCCAAAUCAUGGGGUGUCAACGUCCAAGCUCUCUCCGGUGCUCCCGCAAACCUCUACGUCUACUCCGCCUUGAUGAACACACACGAUCGAUUGAUGGGCCUUGACCUACCUCAUGGUGGACAUCUAUCACAUGGCUAUCAAACACCAACCAAAAAGAUUUCAGCUGUUUCAAAAUACUUCGAAACAGUACCCUACCGAUUGGACGAAUCGACUGGAUACAUCGACUACAACAAGCUCGAAGAACUAGCAACCAUCUACCGACCCAAGAUUAUCGUUGCCGGUGCAAGUGCCUAUAGCCGACUGAUCGAUUAUCAGCGCAUGCGAGAAAUCUGCGACAAAGUCAACGCCUACCUACUCGCCGAUGUCGCCCAUAUCUCCGGCCUAAUAGCAGCUAAGGCUGUCCCAGGCCCCUUCUCUUACGCAGAUAUUGUCACAACCACCAGUCACAAGAGCUUACGAGGUCCUCGGGGAGCCCUGAUCUUCUACCGGAAAGGCGUUCGGAAACAAAACCCCAAGACCAAGGAAGACAUCCUUUACGACCUUGAGGGCCCAAUCAACAACUCCGUAUUCCCCGGUCACCAAGGUGGCCCUCACAACCACACUAUCACAGCCCUCGCCGUGGCUCUGAAGCAGGCGCAAACCCCAGAAUUCCAGGUGUACCAGACCCAGGUACUAAAGAACGCAAAGGCCUUUGCCAGGCGAUUGAGCGAACCCAAGGGCAACGGUGGUCUAGGCUACACCCUUGUCAGUGGAGGCACUGAUAAUCACUUGGUCUUGGCCGACCUUAAGCCCCAGGGCAUUGAUGGCAGUCGAGUUGAGCGUGUGCUAGAGUUGGUCGGCGUUGCUGCCAACAAGAACACUGUCCCAGGAGAUCGGUCAGCGUUGGUCCCUGGUGGCCUCCGCAUGGGCACACCAGCCAUGACCACUCGCGGCUUCAACGAAGAUGACUUUGUCCGUGUUGCGGAUGUCGUGGAUCGUGCCGUCGCCAUCACCUCUCGGAUUGAUAAGGCGGCCCGAAAGGAGGCGGAGGAGAAGGGUGAGAAGAACCCAGGCAAGCUAAAGAACUUCAUGGAGUAUCUCGGCAACGGCGAGACACAGUCCGAGAUCGUACAGCUACGGAGCGAGGUUGCGGACUGGGUCGGCACAUACCCCCUGCCGUGGGACUCAUCUUGA